GUCACUUUCCUUUUUCUUCUUUACUUACAUACAAGUCUCUUCCUCUACACAUCAAACCACGCCAGAGCAAAAGAGUGAGUAAGAGAGAAGAGAGAGAGAGAGACUCUGAGAGGACACAGAGAGAGAUAGAGUCUAAUUGUUUCUACUCUAAACUGCAAGCUGAAAAUGGUGUGGAGCAGCAGACGCAACAACAUGUCAAGCUUUCUACUGAUUUUGCUGAUUCUUAAUUCGACCCAUUUCAGUCUUAUGGCAAAUGGUAGACCAGAGCCAAACUCAGUCGAAUUCACCAAGGAACAGAAGGGAGAUCAAGAUGAGAAGAUGAUGAUGAGAGGUCUAAUAGGAUCGAGACCACCAAGGUGCGAGAGAGUGAGGUGUCGUUCUUGUGGUCACUGUGAAGCAAUUCAAGUUCCUACGAAUCCUCAAACAAAGCUUCACUCUCCUUUUACUACUUCUUCUUCUUCUUCUUCUGAGAUGAUCCAUCUUGAUUACACAAGAGGAGACGAUAGUACUAAUUACAAACCCAUGAGCUGGAAAUGCAAAUGUGGUAACUCUAUCUACAACCCUUGAAGACAAUUUUUCCUUUUUACAAAUUUUUCUCUUUUUGCCACUUUCAAAAAUUCUAAUAUCUCUCUGUACAUAAUUUAUAUUUUUAGUUUCUAUUUUCUUAUUGGUCAAUCAUAUUUUUAUUUUGUGUAUUCUGAUUUUCCGGUAACCCUGUGUUACUGAUUAUAUAAUGUCGUUGUUUCUUAUAGUGUUAGUCAACAACAAAGAUGAAUGACAAAAUUUGCUUUA